UUCCAGAAGGGGUUGGAACUUUGCAGUGUUGUGUAAGUAGAUUUGAGAGUAAUAAAUCAUUCAGCUUUUAAUGAAGAGGGUGUAAUUGAUUGUGGUGGUUGAGGAGUUGAGUUUAAUUGGAAGAGAAAAGGUUGAUAUGGCUGCAAAGUUGCUGCAUUCUUUAGCAGAAGAGAACUCAGAUCAUCAGAAGCAGAUAGGAUGCAUGACUGGGAUUUUCCAACUCUUUGAUCGUCACCAUAUUCUCACUGCUGCUCGCAUUAGCCAGAAGAGGCUUCCUUCUGGUAAUUCCCACUUCAAUGAUGGCAGCUUGGAAAGGGAUUCUAAUAGCUUACACCAUCAAGAAACAGAAACUGAUACAAUCUUAACCAAGGGUGUGAACGAAAAGCAAAGAAUUUCAACAGAAUCAUCAAGAGCAUCAUUCUCUUCUUGUUCAUCAUCAUUGUCCUCUCUGGAUGGUAAGGCUGAAGCAGAGGCAACCGUGAACCGGAUUAUUUUUCCUGAAACUCCUUCAAGGGAUGCAGUUAUGAACCAACCAACUAUCUUCCCCCAUUUAGGACGUCACUCCCUUGACCUGAGGGAUGUGGUGAAGGACUCUAUGUAUAGGGAUGCAGGAGGAUUGUCAGCGAAAACUACAGCCAAAGAGGAAGCUUCCAUUCAUGCCAUGAAACAUAGGGAUUCACCAAGACCUCUUCAGAUGUCAAAAUCUGUUGAUGGGUCUUAUAGAGUUGGAAUAGAUGGAAAACAAAGUGUGCCUAUUGAUCUAAAGGAGUCUAUCCGAGUCCUUACUAAACUUAGAGAAACACCUUGGUAUUAUGCAGAAACUAGAGAACAUCCAAGAUCAUCACAUGAAGUAAAAGACGGGCAUUGGCAUUCCAUAUCGAAGGAUGCUCCUUGGUUUGCUUAUGAUGGUAGAGAAAUAAGUCGUUUAUCUUUUGAAUCAAGAGAUACCAUCAAAUCCACACCAAAGCUAAAAGAGCUUCCUAGACUUUCACUGGAUGGUAAGGAAGGUUCAUAUCGCGCUUACAGAUCGGAUUCCAAACCCAGUCACCUCUCAAGAAAUGUUGGCAGUGGCACCUCCUCCUCAAAUGACAAGUUCUCUAGCCUACAACACUCUUCAGCAACUCAGAGUCGGCAUCCCAGUGUUGUGGCAAAAUUAAUGGGCUUGGAAGCAUUACCGAAUUCCCAUUUGGCUUGUGAUACUCAAUCAAGUUCAACUGAAACUUAUUCAGCCACAGAUAAUGGUCAGUUUCCAAGAUCAUCGAAAAAAGGACUCACCAGACAACUCCGAGUUUCUAAUUCUCUAAAAUGCUCAUUGAAAGAUCCAACUUCCCCACGGAGGAAGCACACUGAUCUGGUUAUGAAACCUAUCUCAAGUUCAAGGUUUCCCAUUGAACCUGCACCAUGGAAGCAUCAGGAUGGAAAUCGAAGCACUCAGAAAAGGGCCAUAAAAGCUCCAGCAAGAACACCAGAUUCAUUUCCCUCAGUUUAUAGUGAAAUAGAGAAGAGGUUGAAGGAUCUUGAAUUCAAACAAUCUGGAAGGGAUCUCAGAGCACUAAAACAGAUAUUGGAAGCAAUGCAAGAAAAGGGGCUGCUAGAGAGCAGAAAAGAAGAUCAUGCUCCAAAUGUUGUUGGAAGUCAAAGUGACUAUGAACCAAAAGCUACCAAUCUAAUUCAGAAUUCCAGGUCAGUAAGGCAGCAAAGUCCUCAGGGAAACAAUUUUCUCUCUUCCACAAUCAAGGUAUCUGAUUCAGCAAGGGCUUUUGAAUCCCCAAUAGUGAUAAUGAAACCUGCAAAACUUGUUGAGAAAAAUGGUAUUUCUGCUUCUUCAGCCAUUCCAAAUGGUGGCUUUUCUGGUUCUCAUAAACUUCAGAGUGGGAGUGUAUAUGUAGAUAACAAAAAUGGUACAUCUUCUACUCAAUUAGCAAAAGACCAGUCUCCUAAAAACAUUUUCCGGGAUACUUCAGCCAAUUCCAUUGAUAAGAAAGCAAGUAGUAGCAAGAGUACAAGAUCAACACAAUCUCAAUCAAGGUCUCAACAAUUUCCUAAAGAAAUUAGCCAAAGUUCAGUAAAGCAGUCAGGAUCUGUGAGCCCAACAUUGCAACAGAAGAAGUUGGAGUUAGAGAAGCGAUCUCGUCCGUCUGCCUCAACAUCAGAUUCAAACAAACCCAGAAGGCAGUCGGGUAAGAAAGCAACAGAAUCAGGUUUCCAAGGUGGAAAACGAAGACCCAAAGUCCCAAGCUCGCAGCUUAGUGAUGUGCAACUGAGUGAGAUAAGCAAUGAAUCAAGAAGUUUAAGUUGCCAAGGGGAUGAAAUUUCUCUGCAAUCAGACAGUAUCACUGUCAACUCAAAUAUGGAUAUAGAAGUCACCAGUAGUUUACAAUCUGCUGAAAUUUAUGACAGUCAAAGCCCAUCCUUGAAGGCUAUGAAGCAAUUGGUUUCAGAAACAGUGCAAAAAACAUCAACUACAAGGUUGGAUGAGGAUGUGACAAUUGCAGCAGAACACCCAAGUCCUAUCUCAGUUCUUGACGGCUCAAUGUACAGAGAUGAUGUGCCAUCCCCAGUAAAGCAGAUAUCUGAAGAUCCAAAAGCUGAUGAUGAUCAAGAAUCUAAAGAAAAAGAGAUUAAAGAUCUGUGGAACCCUUCAGAUAGCCUUUCAUUUAACAGCACAGGAUCCGGAGAGAUCAACCGCAAGAAACUACAGAACAUAGAUAACCUUGUUCAGAAGCUUAGACAGCUGAACUCGAGUCAUGAUGAAGCUAGAAUCGACUACAUUGCUUCCCUAUGUGAAAACACAAAUCCAGACCACAGAUACAUCUCAGAAAUAUUAUUAGCUUCAGGUCUCUUACUCAGAGAUCUAAGUUCCGAAUUGUUGACAUUUCAACUUCACUCAUCGGGUCAUCCCAUUAACCCCGAGUUAUUCCUUGUCUUGGAGCAGACCAAGGCAAGUAGUUUGCUUUCAAAAGAAGAAACCAGCCACGGAAAAGUUGCUUACUUGAAGCUAAUAAAUACAGAGAAAAUUCACAGGAAGCUCAUCUUUGAUGCUGUGAAUGAGAUUCUUGGUGCAAAAUUAGGCUUCUCCACUGAGCCAUGGUUUCAGCCUAAUUAUAACAGACUCACAAAGAAAACCCUCAGUGCUCAAAAGCUUCUUAAAGAACUAUGCUUUGAGAUAGAAAAAUUUCAAGCCAAGAAGCAAGAAUGCUGCUUAGAAGAUGAACAGGAUGAUGGUCUUAAAAGUAUGCUAUGGGAAGAUGUGAUGCAAGGCUCACAAAGUUUCACUGAUUUCCAUGGUGAAAUACCUGGGUUUGUAUUGGAUGUUGAGAGACUGAUAUUUAAGGACUUAGUAGAUGAGGUUGUGAUUGGUGAAGCAGCUAGCUUGCGAGUCAAGUCACUGGUUAGGCGCAGGAAGCUAUUUGGAAAGUAGUUUCUUCCAUUCCUCCCUUUCUCACUGAUAUUAGUUCUAUCAGCACCUUCUUUUCAUUUGCAUAUACCUUUUUAUUUUAUUUUUAUUUUUAUUUUUUUUAAUUUAUGUCAAGA